AUGACAUCAAAUUGGCAGCCAUCUCAGCAAGGGCUCACCGAGCUCGUCCAGCUCUUCCGUGACUCGCAGAGCCCACAGAUGGAUGUCCAGGAGAGAAUCGCCCAGCGCCUCGACACAGUCAGCCAGAUCCCAGAUUACGCCAACUACUGCGUCUUUGCAUUGACAUCCCUCACCACCGAAGACCUCGCUACCCGGUCCGUAGCCGGCCUCAUCCUCAAGAACCACAUCCUCUUCCACAAUGAUCUCAUCUCGCCCGAAUCGUUCGAGUACGUCAAGCAAGCCAUCAUCCCUGCGCUCAGCUUGCCAGAAGACAUGCUCCGUCGCACCGCAACCCAGGUCGUCUCCAUGCUCAUGACCAUCCUCACACCCCAGGGCUGGCCACAAGGCCUCUCGAAGCUCGGCGAGCUCAUGAGCUCCCAAAACACCGACGAGGCAGAGGGUGCCUUCAGCUCAUUAGCCAAGAUCUGCGAGGACAUCCCACGGGAGCUCGAGAUGUGCGACAUCAACGGCGUCAAGCCCAUCGACAUCCUCAUCCCCAAAUUCAUCGAAGCCACCCAACACACCGACUCGCGCAUCCGCAUGCACGCGCUCAACUGCCUCAACCAGUUCGUCCAGAUCGGCUCCGCGGCGCUGCAGAACCACAUCGACACCUUCCUCGCCGCCCUCUUCAAACGUGCCAGCGACGAGAGCGCCAACGUCCGCAGGUACGUCUGCCAGGCGCUCGUCCUCAUCCUCGGCGUCCGACCCGACAAGCUCAUCCCCGAAAUGGACAACGUCGUCGAGUACAUGCUCUACUCGACCCAGGACAAGGACGACGACGUCUCGUUGGAAGCAUGCGAGUUCUGGCUUCAAUUUGCAGAGGAGCCAUCGCUCAAGGACAAGCUGCGUCCGUACCUCUCCAAGAUCGCACCUGUCCUCCUAAAAGGCAUGGUCUACAACGAGCUCGACCUGCUCAUGCUCGGCGGAGACGAGGACGACGCCGCAGUGCCAGAUCGCGCCGAGGACAUCAAGCCUCGACACUACGGCGGCGGUGCGCACAAGAACGAGCACCUCGACGAUGCAGCCAACGGAGGCGCUUCGGGCACCGGCAAGUCGCGAGCCGCCAUCGAGGCGCAGGACGACGACGAAGACGACUUUGACGACGAAGAUGAAGACGACGAGGACGACGACGGCAUCUCGGACUGGAACCUCCGCAAGUGCUCCGCUGCCGCUCUCGAUGUCAUGGCGGUCAAUUUCGCCGACGAGCUGCUCGAGAUCCUGCUCCCCUACCUCAAGGAACGCCUCUUCAGCGACGACUGGCUGCAACGAGAGUGCGGCAUCCUCGCACUCGGUGCCAUCGCAGAGGGCUGCAUCGCCGGCAUCCAACCGCAUCUGCCCACGCUCGUGCCUUUCCUCAUCAACAGCCUCAAGGACUCCAAACCGCUCGUCCGCUCCAUAACAUGCUGGACUCUCGGGCGAUACUCGAGCUGGUGCGUUGCUGCCGAGACGCCAGAGCACCAGCAGCAGUUCUUCGUGCCCGCCAUGGAAGGUCUGCUCAACAUGGUCCUCGACAACAACAAGCGCGUUCAGGAGGCCGGCUGCAGCGCAUUUGCGACGCUCGAAGAGGAGGCGGGCCGCAGCCUCGAGCCGUUCCUCGAACCCGUCCUCAAGACGCUCGUGUUCGCAUUCGACAAAUACCAACAGAAAAACCUGCUCAUCCUCUACGAUGCGCUGGGAACGCUCGCCGACUCGGUGGGCUCGGCAUUGAAUCGACCUGAAUACGUCGAGAUCGUGAUGCCGCCAUUGAUCGCAAAGUGGCAGGGGCUCGACGACACGGAUCCCGAUCUGAUUCCUCUGCUGGAAUGCAUGUCGUCGGUCACCAUCGCCGUCGGACCCGGCUUCUUGCCCUACUCGCCACCGGUCUUCCAGCGCUGCGUCGGCAUCGUGCACGAGAACCUCGCCGCGGCGGAGGCUGAAUCGCUCAAACCGGCCAUGGAACAAGACGUGCCGGAUCGCACCUUUAUCAUUGUCGCACUGGAUCUGCUGAGUGGCUUGACGCAGGGCCUCAACACGACGGUACGCGAUUUGGUAGCUGGCUCGCAGCCAUCGCUCUUGCCGUUGCUCAGCCACUGCAUCACCAACGUCGAGGCGCCCGUGCGGCAGUCGGCGUAUGCCCUGCUCGGCGAUCUGGCCAUCUCGUGCUUCGAUUUGCUGAAACCGUUCCUUCCAUCGAUCAUGCCCGAGCUCAUCCGACAGAUCGAGCCGGAACCCAAGAUGGAGAACGUCUCCGUGUGCAACAACGCGGCCUGGGCGGCGGGUGAGAUCGCGCUGCAGUACGGUGCGGAUCCAGAGCUGACGCAGUGGGUGGACGAGCUGAUCAAGCGGCUCGUGCCCGUGCUGCUCUCGACGAAAUCGGUCAAGUCGCUUUCCGAGAAUGCAGCGGUGACCAUCGGCCGACUGGGUCUGGUGCAGCCUCAGCUGGUGGCGCCGCAUCUCGAGGUCUUUAUCGAAUCGUGGUGCCAGGCGCUGUGGGACAUCAAGGACAACGACGAGAAGGACUCGGCGUUCCGCGGACUCUGCGAGAUGAUCCAGGUCAACCCGAACGGCGCCGCCAAGGGCUUCGUCUACUUUUGCAACGCCGUGGUCAGGUGGUCUACGCCGAGCGCCGAGCUGAACGAGAUGUUUAGGAAGAUCUUGACCGGGUUCAGGGAUAUGAGCGGUGCGCAGUGGGAGGUGCAGAAGCAGCAGUUCCCGCCCGUCAUCGUCCAGAGGUUGGCGGAUCGAUAUGGGCUGUAG